AUGGAUACCAGCAGUGUGUCCGCAUUGUGGUACAGGAGGUCAAAACCUCAGGGAAAGGUAAGACGAAGGGUUCAAGAUCUCCGCAUCCCUUCCUCCUGUUACAGCGACUUUAUAGCCGUCAGACCUGUGCUGGACCUGAGUCACAGCGAGAGCGUCCGGCUGGCGGUGGACAGCCUGCUCAGCUUGGGCUUACAGGGAUACCACAAGGUGUUAAACGCAGAGGGAGAAGCUGACUUUCUGUCAGAGCUGGAGAAGGAUUACAUCUUGAGAAAUGGAAAAGAGGGAAAUGCAGCUAGUCCUGGUGAGUCUGAUGGGGAUGAUGACACAGUGUUAGAGGGCUUGUCAACUGGCUCCCAGUCUGCCACACAGUGCCCUGCAGUGGCCACAGGCCGCGGUCCAGGUUAUGGACAAAGCAGCGUCAGAGCUGGUGUCCGGGAUGAGCCCAAUGCUGAGGUUUAUUUCCAGUCUGAUGGUAGAGGAGGAGCUGGUAUGAAAGACCUGGUCAGAGAGUUCAUCAGGAAGGCUACACUGGCCCUUGCCAUUGUGAUGGACAGCUUCACUGAUGUGGAGCUGCUCUGUGAUCUGCUGGAGGCCAGCAGGAAGAGGAACGUGUCUGUUCACCUGCUGUUGGAUCAUUUGAGCCUGAACCUGUUUGUCACCAUGUGGCAGGACCUCAAACUCAACAGCAAAGACUUCCCUAAAUUGUCCGUCCGCAGCAUCGAUGGACAGACCUACUGUUCCAAGACAGGCAGGAAGCUGACAGGCCAGGUCGCUGAGAGUUUUAUCAUCACUGACUGGACUGAGGCACUGACUGGCUCAUACAGUUUUUCCUGGCUGUCAUGGCAGGUCCAUCGAAGUCUUGCUGUUCUUGUAAAGGGCAGCGAAGUCACACCUUUCCAUCAGGAAUUCCACAGACUCUACUCCAGCUCCAAACCAAUAUUAGGGCUCAAAGAGGGGUGGUCCGUUUCGGUUCUUUCCUGCGACCCCACGGGGACUCGAACCUGCGACAAUCUCGUCAGCAGCACCGCCGCCAGCACCGGCUCCGCUCCGGGAAUCCAGCCCGGGGUUUCCAGCGGAGGGACGCAGGAGUUGCGGACUGUUCUCCGGGUAAACACGCUGCUCAGCUCCGCUGCCUCAGUGUCCGUUAGCUCCGCAGCAAGUGGAGGAGGAGGGAGAGAAACAGCGUCUGAUACCGAACCCAGAGCGGACCUGGACCAGCAAGAGCCGAAGAGGUGA